AACCACAAGAAUAAGCGCAAAUAUCAACUCGACACAGAGUGAUUUCUCCCAUUCGGCGGCGUUCGUUCGAUCGCCGCCCCGCCCGAUUCUCCCCCGGCAAUGCCGAGGGGGUUCAACUUCAUGCGCGCCACCGUAUGGCAAAUGAAAAGAGGAGAUUCACAUGUAAUUCGGUGGAGAAAGUUGUUUGGAUUUCGAAGGUAUUAAUGAUUGCAUUUUGGUGUUUGGGCUGAAACCCGUGAAAUUACGAGGCUCUUAUCGAAAGAAGAACCGUGGACUCACCUCAGCCAAAAAAAAAAAAAAAAAAAAAAAAAUGAUGCAGAGAGGAAUGGCUUACUUGAAUCUGAUCCGAUCCGAUCCAUCUUACAGUGGGCUGUCCAAUUUCUUGCACGUGGCUUAGCACACUUGUCAUCGCGACCAAUUGUGUAAUCGCUAUUCUCGGGACUUUCCAAGUUUUAUAGUUCUACCUCUUUUCAUAUCUGCUUUUUCAGUAAUUGAUUAAUAUGCUCAAAAGACUGCUAUUUCCUUCGUCAUCCAUACGCCACUCGUGGUCUCGGUACAGCUCCCCUUGCAGAUCAGCCAAGAAAAGCUCUAAUACAUCCGCUGUAUCAUUUUCGUGGCCUUUGUCUAUUGUUGUUUGCCGAAAGAUUCAUUCGACUGUCUCAUCCAUGGCUAACGACCACGCCCCAAAAGCAUCGUCGUCUUCAGCGGUGGCCAACAAGAACACUAACCGUCUCGCGGCGGAACACAGUCCUUACCUUCUUCAACACGCCCAUAAUCCCGUUGAUUGGUAUCCCUGGGGCGAGGAGGCCUUUUCUGAAGCUCGUAGGAGAGAUGUUCCUAUCUUUUUAUCAAUUGGUUACAGCACAUGCCAUUGGUGUCAUGUAAUGGAAGUGGAAUCUUUUGAGAAUGAAGAAGUUGCAAAACUGCUCAAUGAUUGGUUUAUCAGUAUUAAGGUGGAUAGAGAAGAAAGACCUGAUGUCGAUAAGGUAUACAUGACAUAUGUACAAGCAUUAUAUGGUGGUGGUGGUUGGCCAUUAAGUGUCUUCCUUUCACCUGAUCUGAAGCCUUUGAUGGGUGGUACAUACUUUCCUCCUGAUGAUAAAUAUGGGAGACCUGGCUUUAAAACUGUACUCAGAAAGGUAAAAGAAGCAUGGGAUGCUAAUAAGGAUGCCUUGGUGAAAAGUGGGGCGUUUGCAAUAGAACAACUUUCAGAGGCAUUAUCUGCUAUUGCAAGGUCAGAAAAUCUUCCACAAGGGCUUCCAGAGAAGGCAUUGCAAAAGUGUGCCGAACAGCUUGCUGACAGCUUUGAUUCCAAGUAUGGCGGUUUUGGCACAGCCCCGAAAUUUCCUAGACCAGUUGAAAUCCAAUUGAUGCUUUAUCAUUUGAAGAAGUUAAGGGAGAAAGGAAUGGCAGGUGAAAAGGAAGACCGCAAGAUGGUGGUUCUGACCUUGCAGUGCAUGGCUAGAGGUGGCAUUCAUGAUCAUGUUGGAGGUGGUUUUCACAGAUAUAGUGUGGAUGAAUGUUGGCAUGUACCACACUUUGAGAAGAUGUUGUAUGAUCAAGGGCAGCUUUCUAAUGCCUACCUGGAUGUGUAUUCGAUCACAAAAGACACAGUGUUUUCAAGCAUGUCUCGUGACAUUCUUGAUUAUAUAAGGAGGGAUAUGAUUGGUCCCAGUGGUGAAAUAUUCUCCGCUGAGGAUGCUGAUAGUGCAGAGUUUGAAAGUGCCCCAAAGAAGGAGGGUGCAUUCUACAUUUGGGCAAGCCAAGAGAUUGAUGAGAUACUUGGAGAGCAUGCCACCUUGUUUAAGGAGCACUACUACAUCAAAUCAUCUGGCAAUUGUGAUCUCUCAAGGAUGAGUGAUCCCCACAAUGAAUUCGAGGGUAAGAAUGUGCUUAUUGAGAGAAAUGCUGCUUCUGAGAUGGCAUCAAAGUUGAGCAUCUCCUUGGAGGAGUAUCUGAACAUCUUGGGGAUUUGUCGGGAGAAACUCUUUAAAGUGAGGUCAAAGCGCCCUCGACCACAUUUGGAUGAUAAGGUUAUUGUUUCCUGGAAUGGACUUGCGAUAUCCUCAUUUGCAAGAGCAUCUAAAAUUCUGAAGAAUGAACCACAAGGCACCAAAUUCUUCUUCCCUGUUGUUGGAAAUGAUCCGAAAGAGUACAUGGAAGUUGCGGAAAAGGCCGCAACCUUCAUCAAGAAACAUCUCUAUAAUAAGCAGACACGAGAACUGCAGCACAGCUUCCGGAAUGGCCCCUCCAAAGCACCUGGAUUUUUAGAUGAUUACGCCUUCCUGAUAUCCGGUCUUCUGGAUAUGUACGAAUUUGGCAGUUCUGUGUCUUGGCUUACUUGGGCUAUUGAACUGCAACAAAUGCAGGACAAACUAUUUCUGGACAAAACAGGGGGAGGUUAUUACAACACCCAAGGUGAGGAUCAGUCAGUUCUCCUCCGUGUAAAGGAAGACCAUGACGGAGCAGAGCCUUCCGGGAACUCAAUUUCAGCAAUCAACUUGUUAAGACUUGCCUCCUUGGUUGCUCCAGGAUCAGAUCACUACAGGCAUAAUGCAGAACAUCUACUGGCUGUGUUUGAGAAGAAGCUAAAAGAAACAGCAAUGGCAGUACCCCUUAUGUGCUGUGCUGCAGACAUGCUCACUGUCCGUUGGCGAAAGCAAGUUGUCCUCGUUGGACACAAGUCUUCCUCAGACUUUGACAGCAUGUUAGCUGCUGCUCAUGCUUCUUACGACCCUAACAGAACAGUGAUUCAUAUAGAUCCAAGUGACGAAGAAGAAAUCGGGUUCUGGGCAAAGAACAACGAGAAGAUUGUACAGAUGGCCAAAAACAAUUUUUCAGCUGAAAAAGUUGUAGGUUUGGUAUGCCAGGAUUCGACUUGCAGCCCUCCUGUCUACGAUUCAAAUUCUCUAGUAUCUCUGCUCUCAAAAUGACGGAGGCAGCAAUCUGAGGCUUUGAAGCGUAAAAAUUUGCAGUUUUUAUAGCUUAUUAUAUACAAAUUGCAUCUUCAAAAUUAUCCAUAGAAUAAGUUGUGUGGCACAGUUACAUUGUUUCCCGUAUUGAACUAGCUGCUUGACUUACUUGUUAUUUGUGCUGUGCAACCUCUAAACUUCCCAUGUUUCUAAUUCUAAGUAUACAGUGAUAGAUAGAUAGAAAUAGAUGUAUAUUUGUGUUGCUUUUUA